AUGGCUGUACCGCAGCCCAAACCCCUGGCAGGGGUGGCGGCCGUUCGGCGCUUGGCCCGGGGCUGCUGGUCCGCCUUCUGGGACUACGAGACGCCCAAGGUGGUGGUGGUGAGGAACCGGCGCCUGGGGGUCCUGUACCGCUCCGUGCAGCUUCUCAUCUUGCUCUACUUCGUGUGGUACGUGUUCCUGGUGCAGAAAAGCUAUCAGGACCGGGAGACCGGGCCCGAGAGCUCCAUCAUCAGCAAGGUCAAGGGCGUUACCACCUCGGAGUACAAAGUGUGGGACGUGGAGGAGUACGUGAAGCCGCCUGAGGGGGGCAGCGUGUUCAGCAUCAUCACCAGGAUUGAGACCACCCCUUUCCAGACUCUGGGGACCUGUCCUGAGAGCAUCAGGGUUCCCAAUGCCACCUGCCACUCAGAUGAUGACUGUGCUGCUGGGGAACUGGACAUGCUGGGGAAUGGGCCGCGCACUGGCCGCUGCCUGCCCUAUUACCACGGGUCGGCCAGGACCUGCGAGGUGUCUGGCUGGUGCCCAGUAGAAGAUGGAGCCUCUGUCAGCCAAUUUCUGGGUAGAAUGGCACCAAACUUCACUAUUCUCAUCAAGAACAGCAUCCAUUACCCCAAAUUCCACUUCUCCAAGGGUAACAUUGCUAGCCGCAAGGACGACUACUUGAAGCAUUGCACCUUUGAUGAGGCCUCUGACCUCUACUGCCCCAUCUUCAAGCUAGGCUUCAUCGUGGAGCAGGCUGGGGAGAACUUCUCAGAGAUUGCAUACAAGGGAGGUGUCAUUGGGGUCAUCAUCAACUGGGACUGUGACCUGGACCUGCCGGCCUCAGAGUGCAACCCCAAGUAUUCCUUCCGGAGGCUCGAUCCCAAGCAUGUCCCUGCCUCAUCAGGCUACAACUUCAGGUUUGCCAAGUAUUACCAGAUAAACGGCACCACCACCCGCACACUCAUCAAGGCCUAUGGGAUUCGCAUUGACAUCAUUGUGCACGGACAGGCAGGGAGGUUCAGCCUGAUUCCUACCGUCAUUAAUCUGGCCACGGCUCUGACUUCCAUCGGGGUGGGCUCCUUCCUGUGUGACUGGAUCUUGCUAACGUUCAUGAACAAAAACAAAGUCUACAGCCAUAAGAAAUUUGACAAGGUGUGUACACCAAGGCCCCCAACUAGCUGGCCUGUGACCCUUGCCCUUGUGUUGGGCCAGGCCCCCCCUCCCCCCAGCCCAGCCCCAUGGCCUUGCCCCCUCUUUGUCCCAUCUGAGCAGAUGGACACUCUUGACCAGAGUGCAGGGCAAAGGGUUCUCGCCUCCGAGCCUCCCCAACAGAACUCCAUGCUCCCGGACCCCAAAGGUUUGGCCCAACUUUGA